AUGUUGGUUCCUCCGCAAUUUUACAACGGGGAAAUAGUAAUAGACUUAGAUGACACCAUAUUUGAUAUAGAAGCUGAGAGAAUACUUCAUCUAUAUAGACAAAGUCUGUACGACUUCUUGUUUGAAAAUGGUAAUGCUAAAAGUAGAAACAACACCGGCUUAGGCAAUGCCAUAAGCUUGGACAGACGAAUUAGGGAUUUGAAAAAGGACAGGCUGAAAAAGAUGGGGUACACUAUACUGUCGGUUUCCAUUUUGGUGAGUUGUUUUCUCCUAUACUCUGCCUUUAAAGAAAUUGUGCAGUACAUCCGGCUGGUCGGCAAAGGUCUCAUUGCCCAGAAGUAG